GCAUGGGUCGGCGGCCGGCGGCGGAGGGCGGCUGAGGGUGGCCGAGGGUGCGCGCCUGGCCCGGCGGUGUGGCCGUUGGCAGCGGGGACCGAGCCGUCGGCUGCAGAGACCCGGCUGCGCGGCAGGCGGCGGGCGGCGGGCAGAGGAUCUCUGCUCCGCACUGUGCGCGGCCGAGCGGGCGGCGCUGCCCGGGGAGCGAUGCGCUGAGCGCACGGAGGGCCGAGCGGGGGGUCGCCGGCGGCUCGGGGAGUCGACCCAUGGAGCUCACGAGCACCGGGCGGAGCCUGCGGCCGCCGCCGCCACCGCUACUGCUGCUGCUGCUCCUGCAGGUGGCGGGGCCAGCGGGCACCCUGGCUGAGACCCUGCUGGACGCGUCGAGGGCCAUGGGCGCCAGCUCCAGCCCGCCCAGCCCCGCGAGCGUGGUGGCUCCCGGAACGACGCCGUUCGAGGAGAGUCGACUGCCAGUGUUCACCCUGGAUUACCCCCACGUGCAGAUCCCCUUCGAGAUCACCUUGUGGAUCCUGUUGGCCUCUCUGGCUAAGAUAGGUUUCCAUCUGUAUCACAAGUUGCCCACGAUAGUGCCUGAGAGCUGCCUCCUUAUAAUGGUUGGCCUGCUGCUAGGAGGGAUUAUUUUUGGGGUUGAUGAAAAGUCCCCCCCUGCAAUGAAGACUGAUGUGUUUUUCUUGUAUCUGCUCCCCCCCAUCGUGCUCGACGCAGGCUAUUUCAUGCCCACUCGCCCCUUCUUUGAGAACAUUGGCACCAUUUUCUGGUAUGCUGUGGUAGGGACCCUCUGGAAUUCCAUUGGCAUUGGGGUGUCUUUGUAUGGUAUCUGCCAAAUUGAAGCCUUUGGCCUGAGUGACAUCACUCUGCUCCAGAAUCUACUUUUUGGCAGCUUGAUCUCAGCCGUGGACCCAGUGGCUGUGCUCGCCGUCUUCGAGAACAUUCAUGUCAAUGAGCAGCUCUACAUCCUGGUCUUUGGAGAGUCCCUGUUGAAUGAUGCAGUGACAGUGGUCCUGUACAACUUGUUCAAGUCCUUUUGCCAGAUGAAAACCAUUGAGACCAUUGACGUGUUUGCUGGAAUUGCAAACUUCUUCGUUGUGGGAAUUGGUGGGGUGUUAAUUGGCAUCUUCCUGGGAUUUAUAGCGGCGUUUACUACUCGGUUCACGCAUAACAUCCGAGUGAUUGAGCCACUCUUUGUCUUUCUGUACAGUUAUUUAUCCUAUAUAACGGCUGAAAUGUUUCACCUCUCAGGUAUCAUGGCAAUCACUGCUUGUGCAAUGACUAUGAAUAAGUAUGUGGAAGAAAACGUAUCUCAGAAGUCGUACACCACCAUCAAGUAUUUCAUGAAGAUGCUGAGCAGCGUCAGCGAGACCCUGAUCUUCAUCUUCAUGGGCGUUUCCACCGUCGGGAAGAACCAUGAGUGGAACUGGGCCUUCGUGUGCUUCACUCUUGCCUUCUGUCUGAUCUGGCGAGCGCUGGGUGUCUUUGUCCUGACUCAGGUCAUUAACUGGUUCCGGACGAUUCCCCUGACCUUUAAGGAUCAGUUCAUCAUUGCCUACGGAGGUCUCCGAGGUGCCAUCUGCUUUGCACUCGUGUUUCUCCUCCCUGCUGCUGUGUUUCCUCGGAAAAAGCUGUUCAUUACAGCUGCAAUCGUUGUCAUAUUCUUUACUGUCUUCAUCCUGGGAAUUACUAUCCGACCACUGGUGGAAUUUCUCGAUGUUAAGAGGUCUAAUAAGAAACAACAAGCUGUCAGUGAAGAAAUCCAUUGCAGGUUUUUCGAUCAUGUGAAGACGGGGAUUGAAGAUGUUUGUGGACACUGGGGUCACAACUUCUGGAGAGACAAGUCUGUUUUCCACCUGCCUCCUCCCUUUGCACCCGAUCACUUGAUCACUUUUCUCACUCCUCCAGCAUCCCAUGUCCUUCCCUGGAGGAGCAGGAGAAAGUCGUCACCCAGGACAGUUGGUUCCUUUCCAAAGGGAAAAUUAGGGUUUAAGAAGUUCGAUGACAAAUACCUGCGGAAGCUUUUGAUUCGCGAAAACCAACCCAAGUCAAGCAUUGUUUCUUUAUAUAAAAAGCUUGAAAUAAAACACGCUAUCGAGAUGGCAGAGACGGGGAUGAUAAGUACGGUUCCUUCUUUUGCAUCUCUGAAUGAUUGUCGUGAAGAAAAAAUAAGGAAGCUCACACCUGGUGAAAUGGAUGAAAUUCGAGAAAUAUUAUCCAGAAAUCUCUAUCAAAUCCGUCAGCGAACUCUGUCCUACAACAGACACAAUCUGACGGCUGACACAAGCGAGCGACAGGCCAAGGAGAUUCUAAUCCGACGGAGGCACAGUUUGCGAGAAAGUAUCAGGAAAGACAGCAGCUUGAACCAGGAGCGCCGGGCGUCCACUUCAACUUCUCGAUACUUAUCCUUACCAAAAAAUACAAAGCUUCCAGAAAAGCUUCAAAAGAAAAAGAAUAUUUCUAAUGCAGGCGGCAACAGCAGUGACUCGGACACAGAUGUUGGGACCACCGUCCUCAAUCUGCAGCCCCGAGCAAGGCGCUUCUUGCCAGAACAGUUCUCAAAGAAAGGCCCCCAGCCCUAUAAGAUGGAAUGGAAGAAUGAGGUAGACGUUGAUUCCGGACAGGGGCAGCCUUGUGCUCCCCCAACUCCCCACAGCAAAGAGGGGGGCACCCAGACCCCAGGCAUGCUACGGCAGCCCCUUCUCUCCAAAGGCCAGUUUGGCCCCGUGAAGGAAGACAGUGGGACUGAAGGCGUCCUACCCAAGCCACCACCCAGGCUGGUCCGAAGGGCAUCAGAACCUGGCAACCGGAAAGCCCGAUUUGGAAGUGAGAAGCCUUAAUGGAAAUGGCCAAAGCAGAACUGGGAUGACUGACCCAGCGCGGCUGGGAUUUGUUACUCUGAAAUCUGACACAACAGUGGGAUCCAUUUAAUACCCUCUAUGCAUCUAAAUACUUUCAUUGGGUAGUAGAGUCAUGCCAUUGACUGACGGGAUGAAUGCUUAACCCAAGAAGAGGAAAAUCAAAGAAAAAAAGCCUCAUAAAAUGCCUUUUAUGACUUCUCGCUAGCACUUAUAUUCUUCGCAAGCCUAAAGAAAAAAAUUGUGUGCCUUUAUUGAACUUGAACAACAGAACUUGGAAGUUUUUAACACACCCAUGUUGGUGAAAAUUUUAAUAUAUACAUAUAUGCCUCAAAUUUUAUUUAUGAAAACCUAUGUAUAUCUGUAAUCAGUUUGUAAGCGAAGGGCGUUAAAAAUACUCUACAUCUUUCCAAGGCGUAAAGGGCAGCUCCUGGAGGACGGUGGACCAUCUGCUCGAGCCAAGGUGUUUUCCCAUCCUGAGCUGAUGAGCGGUGGGUAAAGGAAGAGCACAGCAUGGAGAAGGGAUGCCUGGUGAACUCAGACUGUGGAGGCAGUCAGAACGUUUGGGCAGAUGAGAAGGCCUGGCUCCCACAAUGUAGAUUCCCAUGAAAUAAUGAGUCAGCUGGAUUUAAUUUGCUCCUCAUGCUACCGGACGUUUGAGGGUGACCUAGAGAUUCCAUCUCUUGUGUGUGUUUGAAUGGUGCAAAGAGAAAGGCUGUGUGGGUGACACGGUGUAUGACAGACUUGGUGGCAGCUUUGGAUGAAGUUCCAGCGUGUGGGCCUUAUGGUGUAUGUGGGAGACAAGGCAGCCGCUUACAACUUGUUGGCAGGUUUUACAUUGUGCAAUACUGGGAGGAGGAUGCAGGAGAUUCCCUUUCAUGCCCAUCUAUGACUACCUGCUAUAGAAUUUUUCUGUAGAACAUUCUAGAACUUUGAAAACAGAUCAGAGGCUCCAAGCAGUCAUUUUAUAUAGACAGUAUUCUGAUGUUUAACAAAUUGGUGAGAGUUCAGGUUUUGAAAUUUAUUCAGGAAGCACUUUGGAGACUAUAGGAGUUGUAUUUUUUUUCUUUUUUGCACUACUCUAUAAUUUCUUUUCGCCCCUUAAUAAAGUAGUGACUCAAAUUCUUUAUAUAAAAAUGGAUGCUACUCAUCUGAGUACUUUUUAGAAGUACAGCAGAAAGACAAGAAGUGGAAUAUAAUCAUUAAAGAUUAAUAUUUUAAUUUCCAUCUUAAACUGUAGAUUUUAUUGGCCUUUUUUUCCCUCCCCGAAAAAAUCCUCUUUAAAACUGAAUUGGAGGGACGCCUGGGUGGCUCAGUCAUUAAGCAUUUUCCUUCAGCUCAUGUCAUGAUCUCAGGGUCCUGGGAUCGA